AUGGCAGCAAUGGCCCUGUCCUGGUAUCUCUGCCUGGCCGUGACUCUCCUCUGUGGCCCCUCCUGGCCCCAAGGACACUCGGCUCUGGCCCCUGAGAAUGAGGUGCCACUCCGCCCCACCGCCUGGCUGCCUGAUGGAAAGGUCACCUCCAUACAUCUGCCCAAAGGACGCACCCGGAGACUGUACUUCACAUUGAAGAAGAAGGUUGCGAUGAUGUCUGUGACCGUUAGUCCCUGUGACCUCCCCAUCGAAUGGACCCUCGCAGCCCGAACCCUGAAGGACAAACCGCCUAAAAGUCUACACUGGAGUACCAAGAAGAGUAUGCCAGAGGUGUGGUGGAGAGGGCCUGGGACUGAGGACCAGAUACACACCUACACUGGCAACGCCAUGGACACCUACACAGGUCCUUCCUAUGCCCCAGCAUCUAUCUACAUCCUCAGGCUGCGCCCCAAGGACCAGGACACCAGGGCUACCAUGUACCUCCAUCAGGGCUCUGGGCCCUCAGGGGCCUUCCCAGAGCUUCCCUCUGACCCCCAUGUCCACACCCUGGGUGUAGGAAUGACCAGUGUCACCCUCAGCUGGAGCCCCAGUACCUCCCUCACAAGACUGCCGCACACCCAACGUAGCUAUGACUACUGUGUCCUUGUCAACCGCAAACACAACUACCGCAACCUCUGUGCCGCCCGGGAGGGCAUCAGGAAAGAGCGGGAGAAAGACAAGAAACGGCAAAAGAAGGACAAACAAAGGAAAGUAACUGUGUGGCCGAUUCUCAAAAACUGGUGGUGGCAGCAGUGGGAUGCUGAAACAGAUCUCCAGUCACCUGCUGCGCUCCGUGACCAGCAUGAUGAUCUCCAAUGUGUUUGUAAGGAAACAGAGAGCGUGUGCACUGUUUCAGAGCUUGUCCCCGACACGCAGUACUACUUUGACGUAUUUUUGAUUGACAGGCUAAAUGGAACCAGUGCAGCAUAUACUGGAACGUUCGCUCAAACACAUGAGGAGGCCCGACCAGCUAUCACACAACUCAGGGAAGGGGAGCUCCGGUGGGUGACCUUCCGGGAUGGAGGCUCAACCUCUGGGGAGUUCUUUAGCUUCCGUCCCCGGGGUUGGCAGCAGAGUGGCCUGCUCACUCUCCAAAGCUGCAGAAGCAGUGAGAAGAUCAAGGUCACCAUCUCCAGCAAGGGCCAAGAGCUUAGCUCCCAGGCUGUGGGAGAAGACUUGGCUCAGAUCUGGCUCCAGGGCAGCCAAUCCUACCUCAUCCACCUGGAGAGAGAGGGAACUGCGCCCCCCAGACAAGAUGCUCUAGGGGCACUGAAGGCCUCUGUUAAGAUGCAGGCAUCCUCUGCUUACCAUCGUCAAGGGGUACCUUCGCUCCCCUCCACCCUGCAGAUUAAGUCUUUCAACAGGCUGAGGAGCUGUGACUCCAUCACCCUGGCCUGGAUGGGCACAGAGGAGAGGAGCCUAUACUGCGUGUACCGCCGGAGGCUGGGUAAGGGCGAGGGGGAGAAGGGAGGUAUGGCACCCUGCCUGGGGCCUGAGUCACGGUCGGACACUGAGAGAGUCCUGUGUAAAUACUUCCAGGAGCUAAACCCUCGGCGGGCUGUCACGACGGCCGUGAUCGGGGGCUUGGAGCCUGGGGUGGCCUACAUGUUUGAUGUCUAUCUAAUGAGACGCUGGGGGAUCCCCAUAAAGUACAGCAGCAAGACAGUGAGAACCAGGAAAGAGUGCUGA